GCGUUUAGACAUUGCUCGGCACGGCACGCGCGCGCGCUUUACGUUGAUAAUCGAAUAUUCGAACGUCGAUUGAUACUAGAGUCUAAAAUUAAAUAUAUUUUUUAUUUAUGUUAUUUGGUGUUGAAAUUUGAAAAUAAUACGUCUCACAUGUCAGUACAACGCAUUUUGAAAACGGCAUCCAUUCGAAAAUCAAAUACGCCUGUUGUAUAAUUCGUAAUUCCUUCAUGAAAACCGUGCGGAAAGCGUACCAAAGGUAGUAUCUUAUUGAUUUUUCGUCACCUCGCGAGGUGGCCAUUGAAACAGCAAAAUAAACAAACUGCACAUCUAUGAUAAGAGUUAUAAAUUUCAAAUAAUAUACCAACACCAAUAAUUUAAUUUAAUUUGAAUUAUUUGAUUGCACCUUGUAGAUACUCUAGUAGAUUUUUGUAAAUCAAUUUAUAAUUAUCGUAAGAUUGCACAUCUUAACAACCGCAGUCGAAAUGAAGAAAAUGUUGAAAUUGGUGAAAGGGGGAAAAAAAGAGGAUAAAAGUGGCUCUGGCACACCAUCAGGUGAUGAACUAGAAGACGACCCGGAAAGUGCUAUUUUCUGCUAUAAAAUUGAUUCCGAAACCGAGGAAAAAAUGAGCCGAUUACACAGGGCUUCAUGGCAUGGCAGCCUAGAGAAAGUUAAGACUUUACUGCAAAAAAAACCAAUGGACGUGAACAUCGUGGACAGCUUUGACAGAACGCCAUUGCACUUGGCAAUGGCCAAAGGUUACUAUAACAUUGCUUGGGUGCUGUUGAAUCACAACGCUAGCUUAGAUUAUGUUGAUUGUGAUGGGUACACACCGUUCUUGAAGGCUGUAGAAUGCGGCCAAAAAGAAUGUGUUCAUUUAAUGUUGGAGAGAGGGGCAGAUGUAACAUGCACAGACAAAAAUAAAAAUACUGCUUUACACUUAGCUGCAAAACAGGGCUCAUUCACUAUAAUAUCUAUGCUACUUAAAAAAGGAAUUAAUAUAAAUGCACAAAAUGCUGCAGGUGAAUCUGUUCUACAUGUUGCAUGUGCUGCUGAAAAUCGUGAUCUAAUAGAAUUUAUAUUAGAUAAUGGAUCAUUAAUAAACAUAGCAGAUAACCAAGGACGUACACCAUUAAUGGUGGUAGCAAAACUUGGAAAUAUGUCUAUUGUAGACUUAUUAUUGGACCGAGGAAGUCAACUUGAUGCUUGUGAUAUAAAUGGUUUAUCUGUGAAAGAUUAUGCGAUUAAAGAAGGUCAUUCAAAAGUAGUGAACCAACUAUCUAUGCAAAAAAUGAGUAUAAUGGCUAGAACUAGAUCUAAAGAAAACGUGUUAGAUGAUUUAGAUCAGAAUGAUGGUGCUCAAUUACAAGAAAAUAAUGAUAAUUCAAAUAAUCAAAAAAUCGUCGAUGCUCAAAUUAUAGUACUUAAAAAUGAUAAAAUAUCUAAAUCAAAUGUCGAAGAUAACCAAAAUGAAAAAGAAUUAAUAGCUUUUAGUUCUACAGCUGAGAAUGACGAUUUAAAGGUUAAUAAAAUUGAUGUUGAAGAGGUAGAUAAUAAAAAGGAAAAUCUGACUCUAAACUGUGAAGUUAAUCAUCCUGAUGAAUUAAAAACAAAUAAAUUAAAUAAUGAAAAUAAUCAGAAGGAAAAGGAAAAUGUAACUUUGAACUCUACUCUGAAAAAUGAAAAUGAAAUAAAUAAUAGUUCAAUAGAAACAGACAAAGAAGUAAUUGAGAAAAAUAAAUUAACCGUUGAAAUGAAAAACACAUCUACAGUAAAUGUUUUACCAAUCAAAGAUGAAGAAUCAGUAUCCCAAUGCACAAUGCCUCCACCAUUAGAUCCACCUAGAAGCUGGGAUUUUAUACAGACAAGCAUAAUACACACUACGGAUAUCAAUGAAAAAGUUGAAAAAGAAACACAAGAAAGUAUUGAGCAAAUCCCUGAUCCAAUUGUUUGUGCAGUAAAUACAGAUGAUUCAGAAUUGGAAUGGGGUAGUGAUGAAAGUCUUCCGACUGAUCCUAAUCAAUUGUGUCCUACUGUGGAUGAUAAAAAAGAAGAAAAUAAAAAAAUGAAUACAUUUUAUAAUUUUAUAACUACAAAGUUAAUGAACAAGACAAAAAAUAGAGUUUCUGCAUCUGCAGAAAAUAUCAUUGAUGAUACUACUACUAAAAAACAUGUGAGAAAUAAGUCUUUUACUUCACUGAGGACUUUUAAACUCACUGUUCCAUCAGAUGUAAACAAAGCUUUAUAUCAGCUUAGUCCAGAGAUGAACUUUGCACAUUCUUCAUUCAAUAAAAGCAAAUCAUUUAAUGAGCAUAUUCCCACUGAAAAUGUUGAUAAAAAUUCUUUAGAAUUUGAACGUUCUAAGUCAUUAUGUUUGGAAUUAAAACAUAAUUAUGAUAUAACCGAGAAUCAGCAAAGAGAUUCAGAUAGCCAAAGUGAUGAUAGUCUCCGUUCAAAAAGAAGCCUUUUAUUAUCUAUGCGAAUGCCUAAAGUUCAUGAUGAACAUCAUGAUGACUAUCAUUUAGAAGUCAAGGAUAGUGAAACGUCUGAAGACGAAGGCCCACAUUACUGGUACAGUCCAAAUAAAAAAAAUGAUAAAAUAGUGCAACAAGAUACUGUUAUUAAGAACUACAGUGAAUCUGAUAGCGAAUCUGAAGAAAUUGGUUUACCAAAAUCUAAGUCUACUCUUGAAGGAAUUUCUAAAGAACAUAAUACAUCAGAUAAUUCUGACACAGAAAAUACAAUAUCAUUUUCAACUAGCCAUGAGGAUAUUUAUGGAACACAUAAACGCACUAGAUAUGCUUUAAAAAGAACUGAAUCUCUUAAAGCUUACCUAAAGAGAGUAACUAUUGAUAAAGACAGAUUACAACAAGAAUCAUCUGGUUAUAGAGAAAUAACAGAGCUGUUAAAAUAUAAGUUGGGAAAUCUUAAACAAGAUAUUUCCAGUAAAAAUGAAACAACUAAGAGACUCAAAGAACAAUUAGAUCAGUUAGAUGCUAAAUACACAGAAGCUUUAAACAGGAUUCAAACACUUGAACUAUCUUCAACAAAUUUAGAUAAAGAAAACCAAUUUCUCAAGAAAAUAAAUAAAGAACUCACCGAUAAAUUUAACAAUGAUUGCAAUAACAGUGCACACAAAUCAGUAGAAAUAAUAACUCAACUUGAGUCCGGCAAUUUUGUUGAUCAAACAGAAGAUGAUAUGUGUACAAUGGAUAGCAAAACCAUUAUAAAACAGUUACAAGAACAAUUAAAACUGGAACAGGAUAGACGAAUAGAACUUGAUGAACGUGUUAAACUUUUAUCUGUAAAAGUUAAUGAACAUCAAUCAUGUAGUUCAACUGUGGAAUUAUUAAAAGAAUUACAAUGUAAAAUUACCAAAGAUUAUAUACCCAAAAAAGAAGUAUUAAAAUUAAAAACAGAACAAGAAAGAAAAAUCAGUAAAGUAAAAAUGGAAGCUGAAAAAAAAUUAGCGGACAAAUUUUGUGACCUUGAUAAAUUAUUAUCUCAACAAAUGGAUCAACAAGGAAAAUUAGAAAUGCAAAGGGAAAAAAUUGAAAGCCAACUUAAACAGGAAUUUGAAAAUACAAGACAAAGAUUUCAACUAGAAAUUGCAAAACUUCAAACAACACUAAAGACCAAAGAAAUGGAGGAACAAAUAUUAAGGGAACGGUGUGAGAUUCUUUCACAAGAAAUCGAAAAAACACAAGAUAACAAAUGGAAAACAUUGGUGGACAAAACUUAUGGAAUAAAUGAUAUGCAAAAAAGUUCACCCAUUAUGUUAUCAAUGCAUUGUAAAACUCCAGAGCCAAGUCCCACUUUUGAACGGCAAGAACUAAGAGACAUUUCUAGAUAUCAAUAUAAUGUCCAAACUCUUCGAAAUGAACUGGAUAAAGUCAUUACACAAAACAUAAAUGCUGCUUUAGAAGAUGAUACACUGGUUGAUGAAUAACAAUAUGCAAUAUAACUAUACUAAACAAGUAAUGAUAUUACAAUUGAAAUUACAUUUAUCGUACUUAUAUUACGAUUGGUGGCCUAUAUCAUUUUUAUAUACUGAUUCCUCUAGCAAUCUUGCCUAUAAAAAUAUUUUCUGUAAAAUUAACAAAUGACAAUAUUCAGAAAAUAUGACUUGCGGUGAAACCACUCUCAAUUGUUCAUUUGGUUAUCUCUAUACACAUACAUAUUAUAUUAGUUAAAUAUCACAUGAAAUAAUUUAUUGUUUUUUAUUAUUAUUAUUAAUGAUAAUUAUAGUUUUUAAUAUAAAUACCAAAUAAUACAAUAUUGAACUUGGAAGUUUGAAAUAUCUUUACAGACUCUAGUUUAAAUUUAAUUUAAUGUUUAUAAUUAAUAAUAGUAUUGUUUUAAUAUAUUUUUGUUCCUAUUGUAUAUAAAAGAUCUUCCACAUUAUUGAAUACAUUCCAAAAUGAUAAAUAUGUUCGGUAAAAUUAUCAUUAGAAAUGACAUGCAUUUAUAGUUAUUUAUAUAAUUUAUUUUAUUUAAAAAUAAUCAUUAUGAUUAUGACUACUUUCAGACUUCCAAAAUUAAUUAAAAUAUGUUAUUGUUAUUCAAUCAAAUAUUAAUCAUCUAAUUACUAAUUUAAAUCAAAACACUUUUACAAUAUACUGCAAUAUUCUCUCAUUACUGACAGACAGAGGUACUUAAUAAUCUAAAUUAUAAAUUCUUAUUUGUAUGCAAAAAAAACGUAAAACACAUUAUCUAUUAGUUCAAAACAUCAUGUUUUAAGUUCAGCAACUAUAUCUUUUCAUUGGUUUUAAAUACAUGUAUGCAUUAUUAAUCCUUUUUUACUCAUUAGAUAGGAACCGAUCUAAAAUAUUUCAAUAUUUUUAAUUCACUAAUUUAUAGCCAAACAAAAUAUUAUAUUUUCUACUUAAAAAUUUGUAUAAAAUCAAUAUGAUAUUUUUAUUUGGAAACAUGGGAUGAAAGUCCAAAAAAAAACCUCUGUGGAAAAAAAUGUAUAGUAAAAAUAACCCAUUAGAAAAAAUUCAAUCUGUAACAAAAAAAUAACCAUAGUUAUUUUAAUUUGUUUUACUUCAAAUUAUAUAAUAUUAUUAUUGGUUAAACAGUUAUCAACACCUAAAAAAUUGAAUUUUCAUUAUUUUUUUCACUUUUUAAUUAUUUAUAUUUAAUAUUAUUUAAUUAAUUAAUAUUUAUUUAAUUUUCAUUAAAAUAAAGAUAUCUGAAUAUAAUUUAACUUAAAAUAAAUAUUGACUAAUUAGGUCAUUGUUAUUUUACUUGGACAAGUAUACUUAAAUAAUUUAUGUUUGUAUUUAUAAAAUAUUAUUUUAUAGUACAAUUCUAUGCCAUAUGGGAUUUUUUACAGUAUUUAUUUUAACGAAUUUUUUUCAUGUUAUUUUUUACCCACUACCAUUCAUAUGUUUACAUUUACUUUUAAUAACCACUAACUUGGGAAGUUCCUUUGUAGAUGUUUCUGAAAAAAUAGCAACACAACACGUAGACGAAUAUGUGUCAAUGAUUUUUAUCUGUUGAUCAUAUUACUUAUUCUAGGAUUUUAUACACUUAUAUCUACUUUUUAUUAAAUUUUUUAUUAAUUUAUAAUAAUAUAUACUUGAUGUUAUUGUUUUAAAUAAAAAUUCCAAAAGUUUUUAUCUAUAA